AAUUAAAAUAUAUAAUUAAAAACUCUUUCACUUUCCUUGAUUGAUAGCACGAUAAGCAUGACUAUACAGCAUAGAAAAUUUUAAAGUUUUCCAACUCGCUGAUGAGGUUAGGGAAGAAGGAAGUCGGGACUUAGUCGUCCCCACUGUCCAAAGCCUCACCUGCACGCUCCAAAACAGCUUCUUGCUUUUCAUGUUUUUUGUGUUCUCUCACCAUUGAAAUCCCCAACACCUACCAUUAGUAUUACUCCCUACAGAGAGAGAGAGAGAGAGAGAGAGAGAGAGAGAAUGUCUGAGGUGGUCAAAGAAGCAUGGAGAAGCUAUCUGCUACAGCUGCAACUUCACCCUCUCAGAACCAAGGCUAUUACGGCUGGGGUUUUGGCUGGAUGUAGUGAUGCAAUAGCCCAGAAGAUUUCUGGAAUCAAAAGGCUUCAAGUUAGGAGAUUACUUCUUCUCGUGCUGUAUGGUUUGUUGUAUUCAGGGCCUUUUGGGCAUUUUCUCCACAAGCUGAUGGAUAUUUUAUUCAAGGGGAAGAAGGGAAACAAAACUACUGCAAAGAAGGUUCUGUUGGAACAAUUAACUUCCUCUCCUUGGAACAACAUGUUUUUCAUGAUGUACUAUGGCUUGGUGGUAGAAGGAAGAUCGUGGUGGUUUGCCAAGAGUAAAGUUCGAAAGGACUACCCUUCCGUGCAGUUGACCGCGUGGAGGUUUUGGCCUAUUGUUAAUUGGGUGAACUAUCAGUACAUGCCUCUGCAGUUUCGCGUUCUGUUCCAUAGCUUUGUUGCAUCAUGCUGGUCAAUCUUUCUGAAUCUAAAAGCAAGGUCAUCGGUGGCCAUUAAGAAGGCCUAAGAUGGAUGAAGAAGCUUCUUUGUUUCCCUCCUUGUGGCCUUUCCCAAAUCAUUUCAAGCUCAGAGCCCUCCUAGGUUGGCAAGGCGUCGGUUGUGCUUGUAAUCUGUAGUUAUCUAAAUUAUCUAUAGGAGCUACUGGAAUUUUAAUCCUGCCGUUCAUGCAGUAUGCCAUACAACAUUGAAGCUAGGUGAGCAACAUCCUGCCUUAAAAAAAAAAUCAUAUUUAUAUUUGGUAAGCAAAACGAAGCUUGUCAUAUAAAAUUUUGCAUGAUAUUUCAAUGAAUACAAAAUAUUAAAAAAAAAAAAUUCUAAUAGCAA